AGGUCAUUUAGAUCACAAGUUCGCGACAUUCUUGCAAAGCUACCACAGCACGGACGCCGAAGCAAAGGAAGGAGGCGAAAGAUGAUUCGGCGUGCCUGAGCCUUUUUUUCGUAAAAGACGGUCGCGAUUGUACAAAUGUCUACACCAAAAAACGCCAUGGAACGUUGUCGAUUGAUUUCUGUGACACGGUCGAUUUUGUCGUUUCUCCUCCUCUUGUGUCGUCUCCUGCCAACGGUAUGCAUAUACGAGAAAUACGACACCAUCGACAACGGGCGCUUUUUCAUCCUUCCUGGCAAGCAACUGUCCACAGCCUCCAUCGACACGGGCCGCAUGCGCCUCAAGCCCAUCCAAGACGUGGGGCGGCAGUUCCUCCUCGCGCUGGACGACACUGCCUGCCCGCCGUCCCCGGGCCGUCUCGGGAAGAAAACCUGCCAAGAGGUCGCCGCCGCCAGCCUGAGCGCAGCCAACUGCUCCGACGUGGCGUCCUACGAGAGCCUGCAAAUGGUGAGCGCGGUGUGUUUCGGUCCCAUGGACUCCUCCCCUUUCCAUGCCGAGGAGUCGCUGAGAGGGAAGCUCGCCGCCCUCCCCUUCGUGAGAGGGGUCACGGCCGACCUGCAAGUGCGGGGGCCCUUCCAGCAGCGCGCCGUGACGGAUGAGGAACUCACGGCGGCAGUGGCGGAGGCGGAAGCACGGGGCAAGCGGGUCGACAUCAUCGACAACGGUCCCAUUCGCGCCUUUUCCACCGGUGCCGCCAAGAGUCUCUACAAGUUCGGGCAACGGAUGACGGCCACGCCCGCCCCGACGAUCGUGCCCGCCACAGGGACGGCACCCCCUAUGAAUGCCAGCGCCAACACCACUGCCGCUGGUAGCGGCAGCACGGGCACGAACCGCGGGGUCGUGCCUCCGCCAACGCCGAUCUCCUCGGAUGCGCCCACCGCCCGCACGGGAGAUAGCACACCGGCCUCCCCUGGGAGCAGCCCUUCGGGUGCCGACCCGUCCCCCGCGAACGUCUCCUGGCUGGCCCCGGACGACAUCAAUUGGGGCCUGGACCGAAUCAACCAGCUGGGCCUGGACUUGGACCGCGACACCCGCACCUGCCAUAGCCGGGGCAAGGGCGUCAUCAUCUUCUCUGUGGACACCGGGUGCCGGACGAGUCACCAGGAAUUCGGGGGGCGGGCCCGCACGGAGUCGGUCCGUCUGCCGGACUCCGGGCUACAGGACCCAGAGCCUUACGCGGCCACGGGCGGGGCGGACGACCACGGGCACGGGACGCACACGGCGGCGGUGGCGGCGGGGGCUUCGGUAGGGGUGGCGCCUGAGGCCGAAAUUCGAUGCAUCAAGGCCCUGGACCAGAACGGAGUGGGUCGCCUCGCCCACACGGUGGCGGCGCUGGAGAUGAUCGCUGCCGCCCGGCUCGCCACCCCCAGCACGCCCAUGGUCGCGAGUCUGAGCAUCUCCGCCCCCGCGGACGCCGCCAUGGAUGCAGCCGUGGCGCGACUCCAGGCCCUGGGCGUGGUGGUCGUGGUGGCGGCAGGGAACGAGGGCCGGUGGGUGGAGAAAUACUCUCCCGCGGGGGAGCCGAGCGCCAUCACCGUGGGCGCCACCCAGCCGCCGUCGGGGGGGAAGCUCUUCCUCUUCAAUCGCGAGAAAGGGGACAGUCGAGAGGCGUACUCGAACCAAGGAACGGCUGUCGACAUUUAUGCCCCAGGGACCAACAUCUUCAGCGCCGGGAUUGAGAACGAUCAGGCAUAUGGAUAUAGGACGGGGACAUCCCAGGCGGCGCCCUUCGUGACAGGAGCCAUCGCCUGCGUGCUCGGUGAUGCACUGGCUGCAAACGGCCCGGUAGCCUGCCGAUCCUCCUCCUCUCUGCUCGAGGCUCUGAUCAAUCCAAACAUAGAGGUCAAGCACCGAACACGCGGCCCGCAGAGCUUUGGUGACAAUAAGCGUCCCUUUCUGUAUGUUCCUCCGGGGGCCAAGUAUGACUUGAGAUGCCCUUUGCCAUCAGGCCUUGUGGGAGCGAUUUUGUAUGCAGGAUAGUGUUGUCUGGAGAAACCUAACGGAAAUGAAAAAUGGCUGAGAAAUCAUCGGCAAGAAUGCGAGCUGGUCAACAGGAAGAGAGGGCAUCUAAGUAGCGGUGCCAUGAAACGUACACGGAUACAAAAUGAUUACGUUCGAUGUAUAAGCGAUAGGGCAGAGAACUGUGAUGUUUUUCUACAAUAUGGCGACAAGAUACUGCUACAUAUAUUUGGUCGCGCAACAGAGUGACAUCAUGUAAAAAUGCUUUGAUGAUUUAAAAAAAAAUAAAAAGCGUUCGAAGAACGUUG